UAUUAAAUUCACAUGUUGCCGUAGGCAAUAUGCACAUACGUAGGAAGCCCCAUUACUCUUGCUUAAAUAGAUAAGUUCUGUGUCUUGGACAUUCAACUAAAAAAAACACCACUGUGUUAGGAACUGUGGUUGGCCAGUGUUUAAAUGCUUUCUAUUUACAAUGUAAGGUGAGUUGAUGUAUUUUUUCCUUGAGAUUUCAUGCAAAUAAAUGUUUAUUAUAGUUGUUGUAUGCAUACUUAUAUAACAUGAUACUUUUUUUAAUCAGAUAUAUAAUGAAUAUGUGUCCUGUAUGCAGAACAUUUAAUACUGGUACUGUGGACAACUGGUUGGCCAUUUAAAAGAAGAAAUUUAAUAAAGUUUAUCAAUGACGUAACAAAAUGUUAUUUUGAAACCAACAACAUUUAAUGUGGAUAUCAUGCUUAUGUUUCAGUACUCCACCAACCGCUAGAAGUCCAAGAUGUCGGGCAACACCGAACCCAACAGUAACCUGAUCAUUAACUAUCUCCCUCAGUUCCUUACCGAUGAGGAAUUCAAAAAUAUGUUCCUAAGUAUCGGACCCCUCAAGUCCACAAAAAUUGUCCGAGAUAAGUCCAAUGGCUUCAGCUUUGGAUUUGGAUUUGCUGAUUUUGUGUCGGUGACUGAUGCUGAACGGGCGGUGAAAGUGUUUGAUUUCUUGCCGAUGUACGGGAAAAGGGUCAGAGUUCAGUUUGCCGAUAAGAAUGAUGAGCUUGCAAAAGGUUACAAUAUCUAUGUGAAGAAUAUUCCCAGUACUUAUACCGAGACUGAUCUCGAUGAAUUGUUUAAGCCGUACGGAAAGAUUGUCACUUCUAAAGUACUGAUGGACUUGCAGACAGGACAGUCUAAGAAUGUUGGUUUUGUUCUGUACGACUCUAAAGAGGAAGCUGAAAAGGCCAUCAACGAAAUGAAUGGAAAGAAAUGCCCUGGGUCAACCAAUUUUCUUGUGGUCAGAUAUGCUGAUGACCCAGCAUCUAAGAAAAAUGUCAAGAACCUUGCACUACCAGUACUUGGGCAUGUGCCUCCCCCGAUUCCUGCCAUUCCAAUAUCGCCUAGCAACAGUUUUACCUCACCCACUGGUCAUGUGGGUCCUGUCAGAAACCAGCCAACCAGCCGGAUCCGUUUCAAUCCAAUGGCGAGAGAGGACAAGGGGAGUGUGUACAAUACGAUUGCCCAGCAGGCUAACUAUAACACAGACUCCUACAGGUAUGACAUGACCAGCCCCAGCCAGGGAGGCUAUGCUUCAGGUUACUCAUCACCAGACACGAGCAUGCACGCUCCUGGCACCUUGCCAGAUGUUUCAGGAGGGCCUGGGCCUAUCUCAAUCUUUGUACACAACAUCGCUGAGGACACUGAGGAAAGGGAUCUAUGGGCCAUGUUUGCUCCAUACGGCAGUGUGCUAAAGUGUACAGUCAUGAUGGAUUUGGAACGGAAAGUGUGCAAGGGGUUUGGUUUUGUAGACAUGGGCAACUUCACUGAAGCUGGAAAUGCUAUUCAGUGUCUGAAUGGUCACUUCUUUAAAGGCCGUAAGCUGAAUGUCUCCUUUAAGAAAAAGUCCUCGUAGAUAUCAACUAGUUCCAUUUGUAUCACAUGUGACUUUAGGCAUAGAAUCACAUUUUUACAAGUGUUAAGUUUCCUGUCAAAAGUCAGGUUAUUGGCAAACAUUUUUUAUAAGCGGAUGCAUAUUUUAAUACCUACAUAUAAAUACCUAUAGUACUUGUAUUUUGUAGUUUUAUUUUGUAAUAUAAACUGAAGGAAGUUAUGUUUUAUGUUCUUGUAAUGUUUUGUUUUUGCUUGUAAUGUGUAAUCAUGCCAUUGUUAUGUUUCAUUUUCGCUCAUAAGGUGUAUAUAUGCCAUUACCCAGUUUUGUUUCCAUCAUUUCUUUAUCUUUUCUUUCGUUUAAGAGUAGACCAAUGUUGUCUAGGGUAUGUUAUGCUCAUUUAGUGUUUCUGGAAGCAUUGCCUUAAUAAUUUUGUCACCUUGAACAAAACAAGUUCUUACUGUAAGUGAUCUUAAUGUUAAUGAAGACUUGAUAUUCAUCAUAUUUUCAUGUGUCAUGGGUUUGAUCAAUUAUUGUUUUCAUGUGUCAUGUUUCAUUAUGUGUACCCAAAAUUGCAUCAUUCAAUAAAAUGCUUCCCUUAAAUGAAAUGAAUUUCUGCUA